AUGUCCCACGGUCACCAAGACGACCAGCCCAGCCGAUUGCUCGCUGAUUCGCUGUCCUACGCCGACGUGCGAGGUCCGGUCGACGCUGAACGUGCCGUGCGGAUGUACCGCGAAGACGCUGCUCUUACCGAUAGCUGCCCUGACUCUCCCCAAUGCCCUCAAAACCCACAGACGGGAUCAAUUUAUAGGUACAGCUUGAGCCCUUUCGCCGAGUGGAUCAAGGCGCUCUUGGCCGUCCCAUUCGUCCUCUACUCUCAGCCCCAUGGUGUUCUUGAAGAUCCCGACAGAAGUGUCGAUACGCUUUCUCAGACAAGAGAGGAAGCCCACAGGCGAUACAGUGAGAUCUUCCGGGAUAUCGAAGCCAUGAUCGAUGACCACAUUGCCCACCAAAACGAUGCCGAGAACCCUUUCCCAUCCAAGCUCAAGCUGCUGGUCCCCAGUAUCGGGCCCUUCUUCACGCGGUUACCGCUCGAAGCGGCAUUCAAGUUUCAGGACAACAAGCGCUACAUUUCAUCGCGCCGCUUUGUGUCGCCGUCCUUCAACGAUAUCCGCUUGAUCCUUAACUCGGCCCAGAUAAUGGCUGUGACGACUUACGGAACUCUCCAGCUCGCUACCUUUGAUGGUGACGUGACGCUCUACGACGAUGGCCAGAGUCUGGAACCUACCAGUCCUGUGAUUCCCCGACUACUAGACCUUCUCCGCAAAAACGUCAAGAUCGGCAUUGUCACCGCAGCAGGCUACACUACCGCCGACCGCUACUACGCGCGCUUGCACGGUCUUCUUGAUGCCAUGGCCAACAGCGCCGACCUCACCCCUUCCCAAAAACAGUCUUUGGUCGUCAUGGGCGGUGAAGCCAACUACCUCUUUGAGUUCGACUCGUCCUCGCCGCACCUUCUCGCCCCGGUGCCACGACAGCACUGGCUCACACCCGAGAUGGCCGCCUGGAACGAGCAGGACAUUGCCCAGCUGCUAGACGUGGCCGAGGCCGCGCUGCGCGAUUGCAUCAAGACGCUCAACCUGCCCGCCACGUUGAUGCGGAAGGACCGCGCCGUCGGCAUCAUUCCCGUUUCUCCAGAAAUCCGCAUCCCGCGCGAGAGCUUGGAGGAGACGGUUUUGCUGGUGCAAAAGAUCCUUGAGCUCAGUACCGUGGGCCGGAGCAGAAGAGUGCCGUUCUGCGCCUUCAAUGGUGGGAGGGAUGUGUUUGUUGAUAUUGGCGAUAAGAGCUGGGGUGUUACUGUUUGUCAAAGGUGGUUCUCGCAGAAGGAGGGUCCUCAUGGAGUUAUUAAGGGGGAGAAUACCCUGCAUGUGGGCGAUCAGUUCUUGAGUGCCGGGGCGAACGAUUUCAGGGCCAGGAGCGUGGGGACUACGGCGUGGAUUGCGAGUCCCGUGGAAACGGUCGAACUGUUGGAUGAGUUGGCGGAGUUAAUGGGGAAGAAGAUGUCUUGA